AGCCUUUUAACGUUCGCUGACUCGACACUAGUCGUGUUUUCUCGGCACAAUUUCAGCAUCAGCGUGAAACCAAUUAAACCCCACCCAAUCAGACUCCAGUAUGUGACCAGUAGCCACUGACUGGUUUCGCUCUGGAGAACCAGUAAGGAGGAACGCUGGGGGAACUGGAACAGGCGACCUCAAUCAGUCUUGUUUCAGGCUGCAGACUCAGACUGAGGGACCAUGUGGGAGAAAACAUUUCUGCUGCUGUUGCACAGUGUGGAAGCUGUAGUGGCGUCUCAGUGCUGGCAGGGGGCGACCUUCUCUCAGGCGGUGGUGUCUCCGGCGGUGGAGAGCAGCCGUAUCAUGCGGAUACCCGGUGUGUCGUCGUUGCCGCAGUGCAUGGCGGCGUGCUGCGACCUGCCAGGCUACGACCUGGCCUGGCUCUUUGAGGGCCGUUGCUACAUCCUGAGCUGCCAGCAGAGGGAGAACUGCCAGCCCCGAGAAAGACCCGGGGCUGACUCAUUCUUGGCCUUUCUGCGGAAGGCGUCCCCGCAGACACUGGUGCUUCAGUCACUGGUGAGAGGAGAGCCGUACGGAGGCCGCUGGAGGCCCCUGUCACGGUCCUCUGAGGCCCCCGGGGACCUGAAAGCGCUGAAGGAUCUUGCCCUCUUUGACGGGCCCCAGCAGGACUUCCCAGACCCUCAGAUGCUGGAUGUGGAGUAUUCAGAGGGGAGCCAGGAGGAAAGGAGAGCUGAUGGUUCAGAGGCAGAAAUGAUGACCGAUCAGCUGUCUUUGAAGGGAAGAGACGGUUUCAACCAAUCAGAGGCAGAGGAGGGUCCAGAAAGGGAGGUGACAGAGAGCAGUACGGCCCACAUUAGAGUCUCCUCUGGGGGUAACAUCAGCCAGGGAGACCAGGACAGGACCAGGACGACUGAUCCUGCUGCUGCAGAGAAAAUAACCAAAACACAGGGCAGCACUGUUUCUACAUCACUGACACCAUCAACCACUGACUCCACCCAACAAGACCAUAUAAGGACUUCAGCUCCCAGUCCAACCACACCCCAUUGGCCCAGCAGCACGACCACACAACCAGAUCGAUCUCUGAUGAUGUCCCCUGGAAACCCUGUAGAACAGACCGUGCCAACAGUUAAACCUGACGCUUCAGUUUCCCCUGAACCAACAACUGUUAUGGUAAAACUGCUCCACACAGCAGCCAGAGCUCCACCAACUACCCCCCAGCCCCUAGCCAGAGCCGUGACCUCUGACCCCACCACCACCACCACCACCACCACCUCGACUCUCAGCACCAACCCUCCAACCAGGACCACAGCCUCUGCCACAGCUGCUGCUGCGCCUGUAACAGAGGUCAGGGGGUCAAACCGUGGCCCAGUGGCUGUCGUGGGUCCCGACAGGAAGUUGUCUCUGCCGGUCAGCAGCUUGUUGCUCAAUGGCAGCGGAAGCACCGACGACCGCGGCAUCAUCAGCUUCCACUGGGAUGCCAUCAGUGGUCCUCCUGGGUUAAAGCUGGAGGACGGGGACCAGGCUGUAGCUACAGCAUCAGGACUGCGGGUGGGGCGCUACACCUUCAGACUGACGGUCUCUGACCAGGAGGGGGCAACAGACAGCGCCUCACUGACUGUCAGGGUCCAGGGAGCCAGAAGUCUUCUUCCGGUCGCUCACGCCAGCGGCAGUCACACUCUGACGCUGCCCAACAACUCCCUGGUCCUCCGAGGCUCCAUCACCGACGGAGACCAGACUGAAGUCCACUACCUGUGGGUCAGAGACAGCCAGAGUCCUGCUGCUGGGGAUGUGCUGUAUGGCUCAGAGGCCCAGGCGUCUCUGUACCUGGCCAACCUUGUUGAGGGCACCUACCUGUUCCAGCUGAGGGUGACUGACGCCCAGGGGCGCUCCAACAGUGCCACGGCCACCGUGGAGGUCCGACCAGAGCCUGGGGGGGGGGAGGAGGUGGAGCUGGAGAUGCUGGUGUCGGUGUCUCAGGUCAGUUUGGCUCAGAGGGACACGGUGGUCCGACAACUCGCCGCUCUGCUGCACGUCCUCGACAGCGACAUCCAAGUCCGAGCCCUGCAGGGACACUCACACCUCAGCACCGUGUUGCGGUUCUCGGUGUGGGGCCCCGCUGGGCCGCUCUCAGGCUCCAGGUUGGUCGGUCUGCUGAGGAACCAGCUGCUCAGAGAGAAGAGCGACUAUCUGCUGUUCAGAGUCCUGAGGGUCGACACCGUCUUGUGUUUGCUGCGCUGUUCGGGCCGUGGUCAGUGUGAUCCACUCAACAAGGAGUGCACCUGUGACCCCUUCUGGACAGAGAAUCUGAUCCGUCGUUAUCUUGGUGACGGAGAGAGCAACUGUGAGUGGAGGGUGCUUUACGUCAUCCUGACCAGCUUCAUGCUCAUGGUCUUCAUCCUGUCUGUGAGCUGGACCUUCAUCUGCUGCUGCAAGAGGAGGAGACAGACCAAAGUGAGGAAGAAAACCAAAUAUACGAUCCUGGACAACAUGGAUGAACAGGAGAGGGUGGAGCUCAGACCCAAAUUCAGCAUCAAACACCGCAGCACGGAGCACAACUCCAGCCUGAUGAUGUCGGAGUCGGAGCUAGACAGCGAUCAGGACACCAUUUUCAGUCGGGACCGACCCAUACGCAGCAGGAACCGGCUCAACGCCCAGGCCGCCCGCAAUGGAAAUGCCUUUGGAUGAUGGGAUUACUGACCUCCUGGUAACAUAGAAUGGACCCAUCUGGGAUGUUUGCACUCUGGCAGCCACAAGUGGCAGUGAGAGAUAAGGCUUCUUAAAGGUUAAAGGACUUCAUCCUGUGCCACGAGUUUCAGGUUCAGACUCUUUUGAAGGACAUGAGGACUAAAGGCCAGGAGGACAAACUUACCUCUCCUUAAACAGGAUGUACAGGUGGGAACAUCCAAACUUUUGCAAAAUGAUGCGAUAUUUAGAGGACACUUUGGAAUGGGAUGAUUUUUGAAUCCUGCACUGAAAGACAAAGACAAAAACUCAUCAAAAGUCAUAAUCUCCAGAGCUAGAUGGGAAGAUAGUAGCAUUCCGUACAGAGAUGGGUCCAGGACGGGAUCAGCCUAGCCUAGGGCAAUGACUGGAUGCAGGGGGAAACUGCUAGCCCAGCACAGUCAAUAGAGAAAAUAUCCACCUUCUAACAAUGUAGAAUCUUUCUGAUUUACAUGUUGCAUCUUGUUAGCUAACAAGGUAGACACUGGUCUAUCAAUGAGAGGGAUUGGAGGUGAUGACAUAGAAGCUAACUUUAACAUAACUCUGAUUGUGUCCCCGAAACCUAACUUAAAAAAAAAAAAAGAAAAAAAAAGAAGCUGAAUCUUAGGAGCUAGAUGCUUACUGAAAGCUGCCAGACUCAAAAACAAAAUCCGAACUAAGCUUAUUGAUUCAUUUUAACCAUUUAAAAUCUAAACAAAUUACUACUCAGACAAAACAUUUCCAGUAGUUACAGUGCUGACCUCUGCUAAGCAAAGACAUUAAUUUGUGUCUUCACCUGAGAGAAUUUCUUGGUGUUUAGCCUAGCUUAGCACAAAGUCUAGAAGCUAGCCUAGCACAGUAAAGAGAAAAUAUCCUGUCUGAUUAGCAAGUUGUAGCAGGCAUAUUUAACAAAUGUAGAAAUAUAAAUGUAUAAAGAGACAUGCCGAACUUGGAACUGGUGGAGCUAGUUAGACAGUUUUGAGGUUUUUGUUGAAAGGUCUCUUCUGAAUAGUUUGAAUGUUUCCCUGACUUAAAUUAAAGUCAUGUGAGCUCAUUGUCUGUGGUUGUGGUCAUCUCAAACAGCAGCAUUUAGAAACAAACCAACUGAUAAAAGUACUGAUAAUGCUCAGUCUAAAAUGAUGAUAUUGUUUAUAUUGUGUGAACCAAAAGAAGUGUCUUAUGUAAACAAAAUAACUUAAAACAUAACGCCCAUAAUUUUUAUUGGUACCAGUUCAGAUCAUCUCUAGUUUCCUGCCAUACAAAAGUCACUUGGACGGCAUGUAAUAUUGCAAUUCUUAAAUUUUCCCAUUAAUAUAUAUAGUCAGAAAUACAAAAAUCUAGACUUUUUUUUUUUUACAUUAACUUUAACUGCAACAAAGUAUAUUACAAUUAAAACAAAUUACAUUUUAUAUUAGAAACACAAUCUGAUGUACAAUCCCAAAUAACAGAACAAUUAGUGCUGAACAACAGUGGACAGUGUAUCAUGUCACAACUGAUCUUUUUCUAGGAUCACUCAUAAGUACAAGAUUAACAGUUCGUAAUGAAAUAAAAUAAAAAUCAGUUACAUGGCACUUGAUGCUGCUGUCAGGGAAUGGAGGUUUAGACAAAACACAUCCAGGAUUAAAAUUAACAACAACUGACACAGUAACAAGGUAUUUAUUAAACCACUAUAUUACAAUUAAUGACAUCUUUUAACUUUUGACAUGUUCAAACAUGUUUCUCCAAACAUUCACUUUAGGGCAUGUAUUCAAUAUUUAUAUUUAUUUAUGAACACUCUUUAGCAAUAGUGAUCUCUAACAGAUUUAAAUGUAUGUAGAGACUCCUAAGAAUUUCCAUACACAACUAAUAACACUGGUUAGUUUUGUAUUUGGCACGUCUUGGAUUAUUAAAAUGGCCUAAUUAUGAUGUUUUUAGAACCACUUUGAACAUGUUUCAAUGUUUUCAAUUAUGUCACAAUAUUCCACCGUUUCAAAUGAUAGUUUUUACAAUAAACAGGCGUACAACAGGGUGUCAGGAUGUUCAAUAUAAACAUGAUGAAUUUACAAAAAUCUAGCAUAAGUUAUUGAAUUUGUUGUAUCACAGUAAAUUUGCCUUUUCUACCACAGUCAAGUGUGCAGCUUCUUUUCUGAUUUAAACAAAAUUGUGCUACUACAAAAAGUUCACUUGUGUGAAACUAAAAAAAAAGUAGUAAUGGGUUGAUUAGAUGUUUCUUUACCAUGGUGACAGAAUACUAGAUGCUGAUUGGCUGGAAGUUCAUUAUUUUUUGUAACGUUCCAACAUUCUAAACUGACAAUUUGCUAAACGCUUCCCCAAACGGUAAUUGUCCAAUCAUAUCUUAGCAACUGUAACUUAGCGCAGCAGGAGUGUCAAGCUUUGGAGUUUAAAAGUUGUUUUUAGUCGCCCUGAUAACCAAAGAUAAAAGAGCAAUAGCACAGAGAAUGGCUUUAACGGUGUGUUUGUCUGCACUAAUGUAAGCUGCUAACGUUAGCAUGCCUGACAAACUAACUUAUUACCUUACAGCGGUAACACAAUGUUCCUACAUAUAUUCUGUGGAGUUAUAGGUUCCAUUAGAAACUGCUUGGGACCUGGUCCUGGAUGCACUGUAUCAGAGUUUGGGUUAAAGUUAGCAGCUCUGUCCUGGUCUUUAUUGAAUUUAGAGAAGUUUAUCAGGGACAACUUUGUCCCCAUUCUUGAAUCCUGUCUUGUAACGUAAAGAAUUUUGCUUGAAAAUGAACAAUAAAGCAUAAAUCUAACCUUU